AUGAGCAACCCCAACUAUUUUAGGAUUUCAUUCAGAGAUGCAUCGAAGUCAUCCAAAGACAAACCUCAUAUCAAGUAUGUUCUUAAUGCCAUGCGAGGCAAUUUCAACCCAGCCUUGAAGGAUGGCAAGGACCCAGCAGAUUCUGAAAGGAGUGAAUCUAUUGUUGACAAGAGUGAUAGUUGUGAAUCAUCAGUAGAUUCUAAGAACAGCAAGAAAAUUACUUCGACGUGUAACUCUGAUCCAGUGGCAGAGCUUAAAAGUGGUAAAAAGAACAAUCCAAGUAAUAACAUUAAUGUGGCAGAACCUUGUAUGGACAAUAAAAUUGGUGUUAAAGGAGAUGCCACGAUUGGUAAUACCACUUUGUUGGAAACAGCUGAGAACAAAGUCAGUACCAAGAAAAAUUCUAGUAUCGGUAAGAAUAGUUUUGAUGGCACUCUUGAUGCCAAAAGCACCAAAAAGGACUCUGCUCUUCCAAAGAGCAACAUGUCUGAAUUAACAGUAGACAAGAAGAGUGUAGGCAAGAAAGAAACCUGUGGAAACAAGACCAUGAAGACCGCUGAAAUGGUCAGUGUAAUUAAACCAGAAGUGAUUAAAAAAAGAACUGAAAAGAAGUCGGAAACUGUAAUAAUAGACCCUGAAAAUGUUAAUAAUUGUAAAGUAACAUCAGUUGGUUCUGGGCCCACAACACCAACGCCUUCUUCUUGUUCCAAUGACAAUGAAGACAUCAACCCCAUGGGAACUGAUGUGCAAACACCAGAUGAUUCGCCUCCCCUAGCCAAGGAAGUAGCAACACAAGGUAGUGAAGAACGCAAAAAGCGGAUAGCGAGAAAGCGUGCAUUAAGGAACAGAUCUUCUACUCGCUCAGAAGGCGGGUCUGAAGCAGAUGCACCAACCACUUGGCGCAAAAGGUCUGCUAGGCGCUGGUCCAAAGAAGGAGAGUCGGUCUUGCAGAAUGCCAUAGCCCGCAAAGAAAAGUCACUGAGUUCUAUCGGUAAGUCUGAUGAAGACAAGACUCGAGUUGCCGUGCGAAAUUUAAGAGACAGUAGAAAUUCAUUACCAGAUCAUAAACGUUCCCAUAAUAAAUCCCAAGACAGUACAUCUGCUAGCCCAGAGUCAUCUUCAGAUGUUAAAGGGAAAAGUGCAGUGUCACCCAAACUACAAAUUAAUGGCAGCACUGACAUGGUAAAGAAAGAUAAUGAAACCGAAAACUCAGAGACUGGGUCUGAUACUGCAAGUAAAAUAUCCAUAAAGCAAGAGGCUGAAAAUCCCUGCACUCAUACUAAGACUGGCAAGCGGCGCUAUAAACCAUUUCGUGGUUUGCGCUAUUCCUUCAGUGGGGUGACCAAGAGAUCUAAAGUCAUCCGCCGCUCAGCUCCAUCUCAGAGGAAUUUUGCAAAUUAUUUCAAUGAGCUUACAAUGGAAAGCUCAAACUCUUCCACUUUUAAAAGUGCUACUAACAGCUUAGCUGCUGAAAAGUCUCGUAGUAAUAGUCCUGCAGUGGCAGAUGCCUGCACUUCGAAGUCGAAAAAAAAUCGCCGAGAUAAUACCCUGUCACCGUCACCAAGUCCUGGGGACACACCUGCAGAUGCUAAUCAUCCAGAAUCAACUGCCAUUUCUAUUGGUGCUGGAACUGCUGGACUGUGUCUUUGCCAAUCUAAAACAAAUCUUUAUGUACGUAAAGAUGCUUUUGAAGAAAGUGAUUUAAGUCUGAUGUGCCAGGCUGUUGAUUCCCUGGAAGGUCGCUUGAUAGGCUGUUGUAAUGCAGUGGGCGGAUCCGAAUCUGCCAGACUUUACCGUCCUAGCCCUCGUGUUCCUUAUAUUGUGGUUUGUGAGCAACAUAGGCAACGUCUUUUGAGACACCACUGUUGCCCAGGUUGUGGAAAUUAUUGUACUCAAGGACGAUUUGUGCAGUGUCCAGCACUACAUUAUUAUCAUCGUGAUUGCCAACUUUUAAUUGCUGGAAAUCCCCAGUGCCCUCAUUGUGGCUUAGACUCUCCUCCAAAUGAAGUAAGUAUAAGCUUGGGAGUUCAGAAGUAUCCUGUAUUCCUGCCUCAUCAAAAGCUUGUAAAGCAAACACCUUCUGCAAGAAUGAGCCUUGUAUCCAGUACGGAGACACUUGAACAGCUCGAAUCACCACCUGUCAACAUAUCUAUGACACUUCCCAUCGCCACCACUGUCUUGGACAAAGGAGAGCGAGAAAAGUUAGAAAAACUUGUAAAGAAUGCUUGUAGUAUGCGCAGUGAAGGGCGCUCUGCCCAUUUGCCAAGAUACUCAGCAAAACAUCUUUACCAAUCAGCUAAAUCUGGAGAUGCAGAGAAAAUUGUUCAGAUAAUACGACAUGGAAUCAACCCCAACCAUAUUUACCGAGAAAUAAGUAUGCGCACAGCAUUGCACGCUGCCUCUGAAAAGGGUCAUAUGUUGGCAGUGCAUGUUCUUGUACAAGCUGGAGCACAACUUGACCCACAGGACAGCGAACUUAUGACUCCCACUAUGCUUGCUUGUCUUAAUGGCCACUUGCGUGUUGUACAAUAUUUGGUCAAAGCUGGAGCCUGUGUUACUCAUCAGGGAUCAGAUGGCAUGACUGCAUUGCACAUAGCAGCCAAGCGGGGAGACUUGGAAAUUUGCCAUUGUUUGUUGACUACUGGAAAAGCUCCUCUUAGUUAUAUCGAUGUAAAGGAUGAUGGAGGGUGGACAGCUCUAGUUUGGUCUUGUGAAUUUCGCCACGUUGCUGUAGCAAGCUAUCUCCUGGAUCGACGUGCGGACGCAUUGCUCCGCGAUAGUGAAGAAAAUAUUGCAUUACAUUGGGCAGCAUUUUCUGGCAGUGAGGAGAUAUCAGAAAAGCUUCUUAAUCAUGGGUCUAGUGUCAAUUCUGUAAAUAUCCAUGGCGAUAGUCCAUUGCAUGUUGCUGCUCGUCAAGACAACUUACAAUGUGUCCUACUGUUCCUGACGCGAGGUGCAAGGCCAGAUAUUGUCAAUGGGAUAGGUCAGCAUCCUCUAGAUUGUUCUUUGGUUGGUAGUGAUUGUUACAAUGCCAUUAAUACCACUGCUGAAUUGAGGAAAAUGACAAGUUCUGCAAAAGAGCGCACCAAUAGAAUUCUUACAAAUGAUAUUACCCGAGGCAAAGAGGAAAGUGAGAUACAAUGUUUAAAUGCGGUUGAUGAAGAGGCUGAGCCUCGAGAUUAUGUUUAUGUCACUGAAAACUGUUUCACUUCUAAUAUACAUGUAGAUCGGGCAAUCACAUCUCUUCAGUCAUGUGAAUGUGAAGACACAUGUAUAGGAACUAGCUGUAAAUGUACCCAGCUGAGUUUACAGUCAUGGUAUGAUGCGGAGGGAAAACUUCUCCCUGAGUUUAAUUUCUUUGACCCACCUAUGCUUUUUGAGUGCAAUGAAAUGUGCUCUUGUAAUGUAAAGCUGUGUAGAAACAGAGUAGUUCAAAGAGGACUGAAGGUCAGAUUUCAAUUGUUCCGCACUGUGGGCAAAGGAUGGGGAGUACGUACCCUCACUUUUAUUCCCAAGGGGACGUACGUGUGCGAAUAUAUUGGUGAAAUCAUUUCGGAUUGUGAAGCUGAUCAACGGGAAGAUGACUCAUAUUUGUUUGAUCUGGACAACCGGGAUGGAGAAACAUAUUGUAUUGAUGCCUGCCGCUAUGGUAACAUUGCUCGCUUCAUAAAUCAUAUGUGUGCGCCAAACCUCCAGCCUGUUCGUGUUUUCAUGGGUCACCAUGACUUGCACUUCCCUCGGAUUGCAUUCUUUGCAAAUAGGGAUAUUGAACCUCAAGAGGAGUUAGGGUUUGAUUAUGGUGACAAAUUUUGGAUAAUCAAGUAUAAAUCAUUUACUUGCACUUGUGGAGCACCAAAUUGUAAGUACUCUGAAAUAUCUAUCAAGCAAACUCUUGCUGAAUACAACCGGAAACAAGAGGAGGAAUUAGUCACAUGAAGAAGAUUUGGGCUUUGUAAUGGUAGUUCAUAAGAAGAAUUUAUCUAACCUAGUUAGUUCAAUGCUGCCCUCCGAAUUGUGAGUCACUGCCUAAAUGAAAUUGUAGAUAUCAUAUCUGCUAAGAUCUAUAAUCAUUUGCAGAAUUAUAUUUUAAGAAAGACUUAAAAUUGACAAAAGGCGUUGCACAAAACUGAUUGUGUGUAUACUUUGAGUUAGUUUAAGUGCAACCUUUACGUUUGUUUUUAAUUCUGUAAUGGAAAUGCUUUCAGUGGUUUUGAUUCUUUUGCUGAGGUGUGCUCAUGUUUUAUGUUUUGGCUAAGUAGUUUGAGGAAAAGCCCGCAAGGUUUUUAAUCUAUAAUAUUUUUCCUAUCCCAAGAAAAUGAGUCGAUGAUGGAAUAGACUUCUUUAAGCAAACUUGCAGUUGUUUGAUUGACCCUGUGCGCUAUAUAGCACUAAGAUUGAGCCCUAACCAUGAAGUUAAGUGUGCAUGCAGGUUUCAAAAAUCUGCAGUCACAAAUUUGUACUAAUAAAUCUUGUGCCAAAAUGUCAACAUUUUGAGUUAAGAUUUUAGAAAGUGGUGUGUUUAGCAAUGUAUUGUCAGAAGUACUGUUUUGAAUCUUUAUUUAUUGUUUAUUGUUUGAUCUCAGAGGCUUUGAAACUUUGAAUAACAAUUUAAUUUUGUCGGAUGUCAUUAUUGAAUGUUUGCUUUUGUCCCAAAACGGCUCACUGCUGAAUAAUUUGAAGAUUUAUAUGGAGCUCAAUGUCCCCCAUCCCUUCUUUUGUCUUGUAAUGAGAAAUCCCAUUAAUUUAUCGGAUAUUAUUAAGGUUUGAUUCUUGAUGAUGCCAAGAAUUAUAGUUCAAUUGGUGCUGUUAUUGCUUUCCAUUGCAAAAUGCUUAGUCAAUGAGAAGGUAGUUAUAUUAUGUUUUUUUUUUAUUUUCAUUGUUGUUGUUUUGCUAUCUGCUGUAAAACAAUUUUUUUUCUGAUUAUUGUUGUAGCCGAAUGUUUCUGCAUCGGUAUUCAAACUUCUUGUUUUUGUUGAAACUUUAUUUCACAAUUGAUAAUUUGAGUAUUUUUUAUGUGCAUGUAGACGCGCCUUUUGUGUUCAACUAUCUCAAUCAUCCCCAUUGUCUUUAAGUUUAUGUACCUGUUACCAACUAAACUAAAAAGAUAUAGAUUUAGACGAAUUGUGCAGCCUGUGUGAUUAAAUUUUCAUCCAUUGACUUUUACUUGACUUUAAUGACAUGUGUUGAUUUCUCUGAGCAAUCCAUGUACUGUACACAUUGUGAAUUUACCGUUACUAUAUUAUAGGACUAAGUCUUUGUAUUUCCUUUGAGUUCAUAUUGAGUGUUGUAUGAAAUUGAGUGAAAUGCUGUAAUAGCAUAAAUUGAAGAAGGUAAUCAAUAUUGAUCUUCUCAAGCAUCAUUCAUUUUACACGGGAAGUAAGAUGUAAUGUAGGACUUCAUGCAUGGUGCUCAUUUGCUGGAAGUAUCAAUUUCGUUUUUGAACAUCCACCUCAUGUGUUAUUUAGGUUUCUUAUGGCUUGUUUCUAUGAACAUGUGUUGUGUUAAGCUCUAGUCUGUGUCUUUUUCCUACUGUUUAUUUUUUAUCGAGAUUAUUGAGUUAUGUAACAUUUUUUUGAUGUAGGUUCUAAUAGUUUUUCUAGAGAGGCUCAAAGUCUCUCUGGGUUCUACCUUUCUCCUUUAAAUAGCCCAACUGUGAAAGGGUUUCCUUUUGUUAUCUACCAAAAAUUUGUUUUUUCCUUCUCUUUGUUCCUGAUACACAACCUAAUUAUGUUAAAUCUGGGAACUACCAUGUACCCUCCUGUGCAUUGUUGUUAUCUGUCGCAAAGCAUGUCAUGUGUAAGGUGGUAUGUAAUAAACACUCUGUAAUAAUUGUA